AUGGAGAAUAGAGGUUUACCGGUAUUGCCGCUGUCACCGCCGUUAUCACCGCCACCUCCAUUACCACCACCGCCUCCACCUCCUCCGCCUCCCCGACCUGUUCUACCUCCUCCGCCUCCUCCUCCACCACCUGUUCUACCUACUCUUCCGCCUCGUCGCCCCCCUACUCUUCCGCCGGAACUGCUGCGUCUCUUCAAUCCACAGGCGCCGCACCAGGAAAUUAUACUCCCACCUGGUACCUACAAGUACCGUCCAGAAGUACAAGCCAAAUUCGACCGCACAGAGCUAUGGCUUUCCAAAAUCCACCCAUACACCUUUGACGAGGCACAAGCCCGUUCCCAACGCUCAAGCGUCUACAAAGGCACCGAGUCCUCCAUCGGCACCCUAAACGACGACUACAACUACACGUACGAGUACAACUGGCAGGACGAAGAUGAGGAGGGCAACUUUGACCUUCUCGACCACUUCUUCCUGCACGAGGCAAAGUGGUAUCCGUACAGCACCGAGUGCAGUCCUGAUAUCGAGGCGCUGGCACAGGAUAUCUGGGCUGGACGGGUGGCUUUGGAUAUGAAAUUGCAGGGUUUUGCGGCGGAAUUAUUGCGGUUUCCGUCGUUUAUGCUCGCGGCGGAGAAUGCGAAGAGGGAGAGGGUGGCGAGAGAGGCGAGAGAGGCGAGGAGGGAAGAGGAAGAAGAUGAAGAGCGCGAGGAAGAGGAAGAAGAGGGAAUAGUGACUGGAUUUAAAGGAGAAGGAGAAGGAGAAGGAGAAGAAGAAGACAACGAAGAAGAGGAAAAAAGCCCCAACAUGCCAUCCCAAGCCACACUGGAAUCCCCCAAACCCUUGGCCAAAUACAAUUCCGAAUCGGAUUCUGAACGCGAACCUUGCUACUGCGAGUGCUGCGAAGCCGAGGACGCAUGGACGGGCGAAUGGCGCGGCUCCAGAAAGUGUCUGUACGGAUGGGAAAAUGUGUGCUUCGAGCAUGCUGGUGCGAGUCCUGUGCAGAGCUUUACCUGGAAUGAGUUUAUCCAGCAACUUGCUCUUCGCAACAAACUUACCGACGCCUUUGCCAUAUGCGAAGAAUACCUGAUGCCACGCUUCCCUAGCUGGCGCGACCUUCACCCGGGAUACCGGCGCAAAAACCUCGUGGGCUACCAAUGGAUGGAACUCCGCCACUACGAUGUCAAGAAGAACGUUGUAAUGCCUCGUUACAAGACCCUAGUCGUGCUAGCCAGGGCUUACGGCCAAACGAAGCGCGACGAGAACGACGGCAUUGGUUACGACGCCGAUCAGCAGGCCUGGAUGCGGGAAAUUCUCGAACGUACUGCGCCCUUGACUGUCAGGGCUAUCGAGACAAUGCCGCGCACCUACGAUCGCUUGCAGGAGACUUUCUUCAAUACCAUGUUGUAA